UUUGAAGUUCACCACAGAUAGAAAAAACUGAAGUGCGGUGUUUAUUUUGCUUUUUUCCUAUUUUAUUAUAACUACUCGGAUAUUCUUGUUAAAUUUUUGUAAAAGUAUUGAUAAAAGAAAUGCUCUAAUAACGUCUUCCUUUAGAAACUUUAUCGCAUUUAAUAGUAAAAACACCUCAUUAUGAAGAAUACUGGACGAUAGUGGCAGUGUGAACAAUGUUUAAAAUAGAGUCAUAUGUCACACCCAUCCUGCUGAGCUACGUGGACAAAUAUGUGCGAGACUUCAAACCAGCUGAUGCACAGGUGUCACUAUGGGGCGGGGGCGUGGCGCUCCACAAUCUGGUGCUCAAAGCGGACGUGCUCCAGCAGGAAGUGGCAUUGCCCUUCACCCUCGUCUCCGGCCGCAUCCACGAGCUCCUCAUACAAGUACCAUGGACCAAGAUCAUGUCGGAACCGAUUGUCGUCACCAUCGAUACUAUAGAAUGUGUGUUAAGUCUGAAUCCGCCUGUCCCGCCCGAUGGCACGCCGCCUCCAGCGUCACCGAGCCGCAAGACUCAGGUAGUGGAGGCUCCGCCGGGCUACAUGCAGGCUUUGGUCCGGCGCAUCGUGAGCAACAUAGCGCUACGCGUGCACCACCUCAUCGUCAAGUACGUGCAGGACGACAUAGUACUGUCUCUCAACGUCAAACAUCUCGGCGUCGACAGUGCUGGACCCAAUUGGGAACCCGCUUUUGCAGAUAUUGACCAGGCGCAACCAGUGAUAAGAAGGCUAGUGCAUCUAGACGACCUCACCCUGUGUCUGGACAAAUCUGACGGAGAUGGCAAGAUACGGUUUUUUCAAGAACCCUUAUUGUAUAGAUGUCAGCUAGACCUCAGAGUUCUAACCCGCCUAAUAUCGGCGAAUACACGUCGCGCCACCAGUUUGAACGUGCAGUUGCGGUCCAGUAAGCUAGCGUGGAGCGUCACUAACGAACAGUUGGCGUUGUUGCUCCGACUCAUCAAGGAGCGGCCGAUCACCACCGUCACGCCGCCCCCGCCCAAGGCAUCUGUCGCACAAACGCCGCUCCAUUCGACAUCGUCGAACUCGGCGGAGCCAACUCGGCAGGAGAGCUGGUCGGAGUGGGCGUGGUCGUGGCUGCCUACGUGGGUAGACCGCGACACGGGCUUGGAGGAAGCACCCCUGCCACCCACCUCGCUGCCCAUAUACUUCAGCGCUUAUCUAGAUGAUGUCUCCUUGGUGUUCAAGGUGAUGGAGACGGAAACGGGCAGUCGCAAGCGUUCGCGCGCAGUACUAGAGGUAUCGGCAUCAUUUGCUGCGCUAAAAACUUCUAUCUGCCAUCCUACCCACUUGAGGAUACGCUGCGGUGCAAGAGAGCUCAUGAUGCAGUCCCACGGUAGAUGUGUCUGCGGACACGUUAAUUUUAACACUUUGAAUUCAGAACCGACAGUUUACUUAAAGAAGAUAAAGACGGCGUCACAGAUGGAGACGGUGUGGACGUGGCCGGAAGGGGUGCUCAAUGACAAGGUGAAGGUCGCUGAGGUCAUUGACGAAAACCCCCCGGCCACUACUGCUGGGGAACCUGAAGGCAGCACUGUAUCCCCUACACCAAGUGUACAAGACAUGAAACCGACUUCGGUUGAGCCGAGCCUGGACAAACAAGACAGGGAUGAUAUCGACGAGCUCUGGAACAAGAUGGCGCCACUCCUGUUUGUGGAGUAUGUGCAUGAACGGUCACCGCCUCACCAACUGAUGAACCCAUAUGAUAACCCGCCUAGAGAUUUUGAGUACAGUGAUUGGGGCGAAGAAUGCAGCAUGACGGUAGCGGUGGAACCAUUAGAGCUAAGAAUCUGCAUGGGGCUCAUACACCGACUACAAGCGCUGAAGAACAUAUACAAGGAACACGCGGCUUCUGAGCCAGAGUUGCCAAAGCGAGUGCUGACAGUAGAAGAGAAGGAAGCUCUGACGGAGAACUUGCCUCAGCGUCGCAUCAAGUUGGAGGUGAUGGGCGCAAUGGUGCGUCUGAUACCGUGGAACCACAUUGUAGGAGACCGCCAGCCCACUCCUGAACCCGUCGUAUUGGAGAUCGAGUUACCCUAUGCUAGUGCCAUCAUCAUGGCUCCCUUGUAUCCACAUAGGGUAUGUUCUGCAGCCAGUCAGAUGCCCAAAGACUCAGGUUCUCUAUGGCAAGGAGCGAGACGGCACACUACCGUUACGCUCAACUCCGUACAGAUCAGAUUGACCAAUGCCGACGGCACUGAGAAUCGGCCUUGCGCACGCGCAGACAUCAAGCUAGUCACACAUCAACUACUCUACAAAUCCUUCUUCCAGAAUAGAGACUCCAUUGAGUUCGCUUAUCAUCUGAAAAUUAAGGAAAUGAGUAUAUGCGGAUCGUUCGCGCGGCUGCAGGCAGCAUACCAUGUUCCUACGUCACUGACGAUUGAGAAGCGGUCCAUCGCAUUAAAGCAUACCACACUACCCAGAGACGCACUCCACGACCAAGACGCAGUGGCUAUCGACCUGGCCCUGGAGGACGGCACGAUACGGGGCUACAUGACGGACAACGUCAACAUGCACGUCGUCACGCUACACUCCGCCAAAGCUACAGCCCUACAUGAACCCAAGGCUGGUGUUAUGAAACAAGCGUGGCUCUUCUCCGCUCCCGAUGCGCCUACCACAACGCCCUGCCUUCGUUUCGCGGUCCAAUGGUGCACCACCCCGGUGGAAAACUCGUUCGAUUACCUGGGCGUGUGGACGGAACCUGUGGCCUUCUCCGUGGACCCGCUGCUCAUAGCGUGGCUCGCCUACAAACCCACUGUCAAGUCUGAGGCAUCUCUGCCAGCUGCAAUGAAGAGCUUGUCACAAACACAACAGACAUCAUUGCGACGCCGGAGCACACCACCGUCAUCGAGUGGUCGCGGCGGCAGUAGAGCGGGGUCCGCACAAGGCGCGGAACUGAUUCAUUUCCGCUCGCGCAGUUUAGGGUCCAGUAGUGAGCCGAGUGAGAAGAAAGACAAAGUUACUGUGCAUAAAAUUAUACCGCAGGUCACAAGUCAGCAACAAGCAGCGAUUGCGGCAGGUGAGAGGGUGACUGAGCUGUACCGGCGGCUGCAGGGGAUGGUCCUUAACGUGGAGCUGGGGUUGGCCCUAGUGUAUGUUACCAUGAGUACGGCCUCCGCGGUAGACUGUCACACCCUCAGAGACGCCAUGGAACGACACGCCUCAGCCGCACACAGAGUAUUGGCUAUAUGUCUCGGCCGACUGUCGAUGCAGUCCAGCACUCUCAGCAAUCGCCUGUGGCAAAGUCUACGACAUGACGGACCUACCUUCCUAGCAGAAAAGCCCAAAGACGACUCGUUUCCAUGGAAGAUAAGUCUUGCGGACGUCUCCUGCUACACAUUAGAAUUGCCUCACUUAUCAACGACAACUGAUAUUGUGGGGCAGGAGAAGGUGGGGAUCUCAGCAGGUCUGAAGUCCAAACUGAAGAUGUCCGGAGCCCCCAAAGCUACUCGGAAGACGGUGCUAGAGCUGGUUACCACCACCAUCACAGUGUCCGUCGUUACUAAGGCACUGCAGUACAAGACAAUCUCCAGGAAGGAUCUGAAGAAGAGUAACAUUAUUACUGAAGAAGAUCGGAAAACGCAGUACUUUACAGCUGGAAUGGAGUUCAAGCCGACAACUUUAAAGGAAUUUGUUCGCGGUCCAUCCAGCAGAAUAAGGAAAUCUGUAGACCCGUCGGCGUCGGCCACGUCUCAAGCAGAGGUACCUUCCGAGGUGAUCACCAUCAAGGACGGACCGCUAAUCUCCUUGGGAGUGCACCUCCACGCUGACACUCCACCCAUCAUCAUCCGGCUGGAACAGGAUCAGAUUCAAACGAUGUCAGCGACGAUCCACUGUUUGGCUCACAUCCACACGUUAUUGCAGCGGCCUGCGAUCUUGAUGCCUAACAGAAGCUUCACAUCAAUCGGCAGCUCACACAGAUCGUUAAUACGGUCUGUGUCGGAGAUAAACGAGAUAACGGUUCCAUCAGAAGAAGACACAAGCGAAAAAUCUGAACUGGUGCCCAUAUUUGAUAGGACUUUACAAAAAAAGCGUCCUUUGAAGACAUUCUUUUGGUUCCAAUGGGUGGUGAGCCGCGCGACGUUAGUGUUAGCAUCUGACAUUGUGAAGUUGGCGCUGGACAUCGAUGACAUCAUCAGCACGGUCGAUAUACAAACCGAGUACAACCAGCUUAAAGUCAAGGUGGCAUCAGCCUCCAUUAAACAUUAUAAACGGAAUGAAAUGGACGAAUGGGUUACUGGAGUGAUCGGCGGUAGGGUGCUGGAAGCUAGGGAGCCUACGAAAGCCGAAGAGGAUACACAUUUCCUGUCUGUCACCAUCACACAAGCGCAGGUAUCUGACCUUCCCGCAAGCUGGAAAGAAGAGCUGCAUCCUAAGUUAUUGGAGUCUACCUCGUCCCAUGACACGAUGUGGGAAGUGUUCGCUACCCUGGCCCCGCUAGAGGCGUUAGUACAGCCGAGUGUUAUAGACAAUAUCAUUACUCUGAUCAGCGAACUGGUGCCAAGAGCAUUUUGUCCCUUGAGGGCGGAGACUGAGAACAGACUGUCAGAUUGGCAAUGGCCGUAUUUGUAUCUGACUGCCGGCGGCAUCAGGGUGGUUGUUGCCGGAGAGGAUGUGGGUAGAGAGAAAUCCUUCGAUGACACAGUCAUUCUCUAUAUCGGUGCCGUAAAUAUUACUCCACACCCAGAAAAUCCCAUCUGCCGGCGAGCGGUUAACACGGGGCCUGAUGGUGGCUGGUUGGCAGGCGCUAGCGGAUUCGAGGGCCGACAGUACGAAGUUGUCGUCAAAGAAGUCUCCGUACAAUCUACGAAGUUCAAAGCUAUAGCACUCGCCGAGGCAGUCUUAGACAACACUAAAGGCAUGACGACUGAGAAUCCUGCGCUAAAAUGGAGCCAACGCACCAAGAUCCCACAAAAGGUUCCCAUAUUACACUCUGUCGAGCUCUGCUGUGUGCUAGCUCCGGCGAUGUACGUCGGUGGCUUGCUGGCCUGCGGUCCCGCGGUUGAGCUGAACCUGGUGUCAGACUGCAGUAUAGAGAUCAGUGUGGAUCAGCUCGUCCUCUUGAAAAACCUGCAACAAGAAUUCGUCUUUGACUUUUCCUUGGAACAGGAUAGAAGUUGGAUGAGCAACAUUUUCACGCGUACCCGGUUGUCGGUGGACAAGGACAGCGUCUGCCCGUACGCGAACAUCAUCACCAACCAGCUCGACCACACUCCAGUCUUCGACGAACCCGUCAUCGAGAAUGUCAUAACGAUUAAAACGUCCACUGAGACAUGUCGGACGACUUACGACUCUGGCGUAGAGACCACAGUCUCUUCUUCUAAGACCAAGCUGACUGACGACGUGCCCAUCAAAAAGUCCGUCUCCAUAGCCUUUGUAGAAACGGGGGAUGCGUCGAACUUUCUGGAGGUGUUUGUGACGAUGGGUGUGAUAGACCUGUCGCUAUACGUGACAGACGACGGCAGCCCUGAGGUGAUAGCUCUCAGACCACCUUCCGUCGAAAACGUGCAGCCCGUUACACCGAUCCCACAACAGCAACCAGAAAAGGAAGACGAUGAGAAAGAUGUCGUGUCACCGGCGUCAAGUCGCAGUCUCACUGAUGCGAUGCGAGACGUUGACAUUGGAGCGACAAUGCUGCACACGCAGGCGCAUUCUAAACUUUGUGACCUAACUGCGACCUUCAUGUCGCCUGCUAUGCUAGUGGGGUUUUGGAUUUUGUUAUAUUUCUUGGGGCGACGUUUCGCCACAAUCUCGCCUGGUGACAUGUCGGCUGGGUCGGGUACAAGCACGCGCGGCACCGUCCGCCUGGACAUCGAGCGGCCCGUGCAGCUCGAGGUGUCCACCGACAACCUCAGGAGGCUCAGAGAUAUAAUAUUGCUUGUGACUGCGAAUCUAAGCAACCGGACUUCGCUUCCACAAUCUUCACACAUUCCUGAAAAACCAUUGCUGUACAGAAUUAAAAAACAAUUAUUAUCCGAAGGCAUGGAGAGUAUAACAAUCCAUACAAGCCAGAUCUCAGCGUGUGGACACGAGGGGAUAGUAGGGUGGGACAGUUUCACUCUGCAGAUAUCAGCCAGUUCUCGUCCCGAGAGACUGAACGCGCGCGGGCUCGUCACUGCGCUACUGGUCGCAGCCGGUUCGCCUGCAGACCGGAGACAUGUCAUCCUGCAACCCCUGAUGAUGGGUUUGGAAUUAGAAGCUUAUUGGGAAGCAUGGCGGCGUGCAGAAGGUGGUCAUGCUAUGCGGGAACCGACCGUGAGGAUUAGUGUGGAAUUCGAUGACGUCACGGUGGACCUCAGACCUUCAGAGCUGGCCACCCUCCACCGACUGGAAAGAUCUUACAGAGAACUGGCCAAGAUGCCACGGAUUCCAACUAAAAUAAAUUUGAAUAUAUACCCGGCCGUGGACGCGGCGUCACACCGCGAUGUGUUCACACACAGUUCACAGUUUUCCUCCCAGGGUAUCUCCUCAGACACUGAGUCCUGUGACCAGUUCUACAAAGACGAUCUCAGGAGUGGAGCCUUCAAGAUCUUGAGCGGUGGUCAGCUACCGAUGGCGUACCAGGUGAUGCUGCAUGGCAGCGCGGUGUCGUGGCGUUACCCACACCCCAGGGCUAUCACCAGGCUCGUCGCCUUUCCCUUACCCGGACAGGAGAAGGAAACAAGUUGUGUGCUGGAGUUGUACAACAGUAUGUUGUCCAAGUGGGAGUCGCACACAUACUUCAAGAUACCCUUCAGAGAACCGAAGGAGCUCAAUCUGCCAGUCAGUCCACCGGAAACGGUGUUUGCGAUAAUGUGGCGAUUCCGCGUGUGUGAAGACUCUGAGCCCCCUGUGCCUUACGAGUUUUUGUCUAGUCGGUUCCUGCCACGCAGUGAGCCUUUGUUAAUUGACGAGCAACCAGAGCAGAUGGAUGUAAAGUCAGUAUCGGGAGUGUCGGCGGAACAGCUGUCGGGAGUUUUGCGCGUCGACUCAUACUUUGCGCCUCGACUCCUCCCGCGGACGAAAGCUGUGUUACGUGUCGCCAAUUUUAACUUACACCUGCAUAACUCACUGCCCUCAUUAACUAGUGCAGCGACGUACCUAGAAGGCUACUACGUGUCGAGGCCACUGAUGCGAACGCACCGAGUGCUGAGUGUGACCGCGCGGUCCACGGCGUUCCAUACACUGUACGGCUCGCCCGCCGGGACGCUCGUCAUGGUUGACACUAAUCUAUCCACCGACAUGAUAGACAGUUCGACGGGUACCAUGGAGGAGAUUGUUGAAGAGUUUCGUCUUCAAGGUGGCUUGUCGGAUAAACAAGAGUCUCUAUUGACUGCUCGCUACCGUGUCCUGACUACUGGCAUUCACGUAGCGCUGCAAAUACCAAGGCUCAGGACCUUGCAGUCCCUCUGCCAGGAUUGGAAGAUGGCCUAUGACGAGUAUUUGAGCAACGCAGUCGAGGAAUCUUUGUGCGAGGAUGAUGAAGAGGAAUUAUCAGAAGAACAUGAGCAGGAGGAAAUGGUGGUGGCUGAGGCGGCGGUCGCGACUUUAGAAGGGAGAGUGUCGCUUUGGGUACACAACAGUUGCGCGUCUGCCAUGAGAGUAGGACAAGAGGACACAGAAGAAGUUGUGCCACUGGGACCUGGCGUCAUACUGGCCUAUAGGUGGCGUAAUCCAACGGCUCCCAAGAGGCUUCGGUUCGCACUGGCUGGUCCUACAGCAGAUUGGCAUUGGUCGUCUAGUUUGCCUUUCUUGGCGGGCGUGCACCGUCUGAAGAUCGAUACUCCGGACCCAAGUAACAGCAAGCAAAUGUCUUCUACAAGCGCUUUCGUUCAUGUGAAGGUCGAGGAUGCGGGCGCCGCCAAGACCAUGCACCUCUCCGGGAGAUUGGUGCUCGCCAACAUGCUGCGAGCCACACUACUCUAUAAGGUUCGUGCUCACUGCAGUGAAGCUCCACAAUGGCGGACAUUGUGCUCGGGUGAAAUGACGUCGGAAACCGUCGGUCGCAGCGUCGUCUGCAGUGCCGACUGCGACAUGGUGCUCAAAAUAAAGUUGAGAUCACACAACACCUGCUGGUCAGGCGACAUACCGCUCAAGGAGUGCCCUAAAGAAAACGUACCGUGGUUGGUCAAAGUACCAACGGAAGGAGAAACACAAUUUGUGUCAGUAUGGUGUCGCGUGGUGCGCGGGCGCAACGAUGGGCGUAUCCUUGCUACUGUAUGGCCUCUAUACGUGUUACAUUCACAUUUACCUCUAGACACAGAAGUACUAAUAGUAACAGAAUCGCCUGCACCGGCGACGGUGGACCAAGAUUCGCAGCAGGCACGGCCUCCACCGAUGUUACAGACCUCACCGGGUCGAGGGUCCAGCACUCACCUACAGGCGCCAGGCACUACUGCGGCUAGGCAUAGUCUGUCCUUCCAGUAUAAGAACAUUGAGUGUCCAGUGACAAGAGAGGCGGUGCCCUUACACUACGGUGUGACCGACACCUCCGUGUUUGACAAACGAUCGCCUGUACUCAACGUUGAUGACGUCAUCAAAGACAUCCAACGCUGGUUGAGUCGUUCGGCUCAUAAUGCGACGUCGAAAUGGCCAUACUCUGUGGUCGCUAGACACUGGAAUGGAGAAUGGUUUGCCGCAUCGAUACAACCACGAUGUGAUGUCACUGUGCGGUACACGGCCGUGCGCGCUGGCGGGGGCUGCAGCCUGGAGGUCCAGCUGUGUCCGGUAGCGUUGAUGUGCAACGCCACGCCCAUACCGCUCACACUGCGCGCCUACGACGCCGCGCCGCUCUGCAAGCUCGAACCAGGCACUGCUAUCUCGCCACCCACUACUAUCAUCAAGAAACCGUUCUUCAUGUCAGUGGAGAUGGGUCGCGAGACGUUCGUGAGCAGUCAGCUACAGGUGUCAGCGGAAGACCCUGGUCGGUACGGCACUCCGCCGCCAGGACACGUUGCACUUGACCACGCCACUAACUUCGCUAUACUCUGCAACCAGAAGGUGGCGCUGCUGACCCUAUACUAUGAAAUCAAGAAGGAGAUCAACGUGCUCGGUGUGUCCACCUCCUACGUACUCAUAAACAGACUCGACACGGAACUCUUGGUGUCAGCAGUAGCAGUUCCGAACGACAUGGACGAGUACACGACCCUGCGCCCCAAGUCAUUCAAAGUGGUCAUGCCUGUUAAGGAGGGAAGUGUCCACGGCACUCCACUGACUCGGUUCUGGCUGCGCGGGCGCUGGCGCGGCGGGGAUCCGUCGGAGCUGCGCACGUACCUGUGUCUGUCUCUGUCGUCCGGCAUGAACCCGAUGCAGGCCCCCGUCCCCAUCCGGCUCGGGGUACAACCGUUACGACGGGCGGUAGCGCUCAUUGACUCGUCUAUGCAGUCGGUGCCAAUAGUGGUGACUCAGAUAAAGAAUGACAACCGUUGGCUGGUGGUGGUGGCGCCGGACCCGUGUCCUCAGUUCCUCGUCCACAAUCACACCCGCCUCACGUUAGCCGUCGCACAACCGGUGCACUUCCCUGAAGAACCGUCCACUUCACAUACUGUGGCAGUAACAGAAUGCGCAGGAACUCGAUGGUGCUGUAUGGUGCCCCCUAACGCGGCGGUUCACUAUUCGACUCCUGCGCAUUGUGCCCGCUAUCCGCCCGAAGGAAUGCCAGCGACAUCUGUUGCCUCGUGUUACCUCACAUUUGCCAAAGGAAAAGAAGAGUUAGAACAGGAGUGGUGUUCCCCAGUAGUGGCUGCGGACGGGGAACACCUCCUGCAAUACUACGGCGGUAUCACCAUCAAACUGCGCGUGCGCACCCAUCCACACUCCACGCUGCUCGAACUACAGGAUGUUGACCAAAACGACAUAUCAGCAAGUGACAUCAGACGCCGUUUGCUGGGAGUGAUAGAGACCGAAGAAUUAACACUUCAUAAGGAACCGGUCGUGACAGCUGUGCCAAGUUUGGAGAGAGUGGGUGCUGCUUGCCGAGUGCACUCUCCGGGAGAUGUCAAUGUAAGCGGGUCGAUGUACGAAAGCAAGGUUACGCACCAAUUGCGAUCUCCGUCUACUGGGAAAGGCGAAGACUCGGAUUAUAAGUUUAAAAAAAAGAGGUCUCUUAGCCAGGAUGGUGUGUACUGGUCUACGUCUAUGGAAGGCUCAAAUAGCCGCAUAAUUCGAAACUCGGGCUUCAUGUACGCAUCAGAUACAAGGUUUCAGAACCAAGAUUUGGAGCCCGAACUCGACCAAAUGGACGAAACUGCAGGGAACGCGGAGCGGUUCCGCUGCGUCAUCGCAGGGGUUUCGGUGGAACUGUCGGCCGCAUCCGAUGUGACACCACUACUGGCUGUGCACCUCGAUCGCACCGCGUUACUUAUGCAGUCCGAUAGCAAGAAAACAAAAACAAUCCUGUCAAUAGCGGACGCGCAGAUAGAUAACUUGCAGUACGAGACGGGACAGUAUGACUUCGCAGUGAUAGCCAGCACUCGUGCCGAGCCUCUAGAGCCCGACCGGUGGCCCCCUCUGUGGAACAUGUUCGCUGAACGAGACACCUUCGCCACCAGGGCGGAUACUGCAAGACUUGAACUCCAACUACAGCAUGACAAGUGGGAAGUCGUCAAUAAUAAAUAUAAAGAACUAACAGAAGUGGAUCUGAGAGUGGGUACUCUAGCUCUUUACGUGGAGGACGCCUUCAUAAAGGCUUUAGUAGACAUGUCCCAUCUCCUGCUCCCGUCGGCCAGCGCCAGUGACCAAGGUUCGCUGAGCGAGGAGAGGUCCAUACAGAAACCACUGCGGCUCAGGGUGCUGCAUGUCCAUCCACUCGAUCUCACAUUGACGCUUCAUACUGCCGUGCGAAUGUACAUAGCUCUGGAUCAAAGUCCGUUGCGCCUGAGUGCUUUCAAACUGCAUGACAUGAUGACGUCAGCAGAACGCCUCACGCAUGCGCUCACCGUGCAUUACCUGUCUGCCGCCAUUUUGGGAGCAGGUUGGGUAGUCGGCGGCUUGGAAUUAUUAGGUGCGCCUGGAGCCCUAGCGGCUCGUUUGGGCGGUGCCACGGGUGGUGUGAGGGGCGUAGCAUCCGCUGCGGCGGCAGCACUGCUUCGAUCAUUGAGCGCGUGGGCAGGGUCUCUAGCGAGGAACCUGGACCUGUUGGCUGGUGAUGAAGAGCAUGCGAGGCGAGCCGCAGCGGCGAGGAGGAGACCACCGCCCAGCUUCGUAGCGGGACUUGUCGCUGGCAUCACCAACUUCGCUAUUAAUAUACUCGGAGCAGUGGGUGGUCUAGCGCAUCACCCCUUAGUGGGGGUGGCAGUGGGGGAGACAGAGAGUGGGGCGGCGGCAUUACGGCGCGGUAUCCUCGGAGCACUCACUAAGCCGCUCAGCGCUACUGCUGACCUCGUAGCCUAUGCUGGGUCCGGCCUGCUCCGACAGACUGGCUGGGAUCCUGUACCCGAGCCUCGCCGUCUGUCGUCCUCGAUCCAGCCGCGCGCGCAGUCCGGCUGGCAUAGAGACUGCGUGCGCUGGGUGUUCCGCAUGUGCGAGCUCAACGCAUUCACCGGGUUCGAGGUCCUGGUCGAUAACGCGCAGCUCCAACUACUGGUCACACAUAAGUUCCUGAUCGUGGCUGACCCUGAGUCGGAGCGAAUCAUGGAGAUGAUAGACUUCAGGUUCUGCACCUUGAGUCCAUACCAAGGACAAAUCAUUGAGCUGUGCGUGAUGCAAAGGAGACAGUCCAAGUUGUUGGAGACCAGGAUGCCUGAUGAAGAUGAGGAAUACCAGAUAAGCGCAGCGGCGAUGGCUCGGGUGGCGCGUUACACUGGGGCUGAAGGCACCGCGACCGGGGAGAGUCGAGUCCUCUCUCUCCUGCCUCCGCCCGGAAGGUCGCAUGCUCUCCACGCAGUCCUGGCCGCAGCCUUGCACCAUAACUGUGACUCACAUUUCCCCAUGCUAUGACCCCAGCGUCACGCGCGACCCCAGCUUCAAAGGUCUAAGAGAAACAAAGCUUGGGACUCAGAGGUACGUGCUAAACUCCGGCAAACUUAUAGAUUCUAAUGGAAAACGGCUUAAUUUUGAAAUGUAUAAAUUAAUAACGGGCCUAAUUCAUCACAUUGUAGGGUCUGCACUCACCUCUGAAUUUCUAAUUUGUUAUUGAUCAUCAAGUAUUGUAAUUGUUAAUUAUUAUUAUUUAUUUACAUUUAGUUAUGUUAAUGACAGCUACUGCCACUUUCCUAAUUUCAUAUACAUAGUGAAAAUACAUAGAUACUAUACAAAUGUUACAUUAUUAUAAUUUAUAUACCUACUUGUUUAUAUAGUAGACUAUUUAUACACAAUAGCACCUUUGUAGCCAGCUGUCAAAUUGAGAAAAUAUGACAAUAUGUGUAAUAUAUAUCAAUCACUCUUGUGUAAUACAGAAAUCUUGGCAAAUUGCGAAAAAUUGACCUUGUACUUCUGUAAUGAGUUUGAUAUAUGAUUUUAACUCUUGCUAUUUACAAAUAUUUAUCCCUAGACUAGAACUGCUAGGUAGAGGACUCAGUAGCCUGCCAUGACAUUCCAUACAAUGAUAAUAUAGCACUAAGAUAAUCCGAAAAUAACGAAGAGUCUUCCAAGAAUUCUUUGCCGAUGCAUUUUAUACACAUACAUUUAUACAUAGUAACUCAGUCUUCCUGUCCUUGGGACGUCAGCGUCUCGCGGUACCCGUAAUAGCAAUAUUAGUUAUAAUUAUAAUAGAUUUCCAUAUUUACAAUACACCCUCCACACAUAUACACGUUUACAAUAGAUUUUCUUUAUUAUAUGUACCUAUCUUAAAAGUUUUCGAAUUAUAUUAUUCAGCCACAGUAAGCUAUUCAUUAAAACAAUAACAAACUAAUUUGUAUUCAUCUGUGCAAGUGCAAUAUCUUAAUGUCAAUAAAUGCUGAUUAAUUCAAACAAAAUUGUUAAAGAAGCCUCUCAAAAAGAUCAAUUUAGUCAGUUAAUAUAUAGGGCCUACCGUAUUUUGCUCACCAUGUGACGCUAGUGUGAACCUCUCGUUGUUUGUCCAAUAGGGUAUUAUGUAGUAAUCCCACGAUUGGGCGUUCAAUAUUUGACAACGGCAGUGAUUGGAUAAAAAUCCCUUUCUACAUAUGUGCCAUCUGGUGAGUAAAUAUACGUUAGCCCCCAUUAAACAGUUAAUGGCAAAAUUUCCUACAUACAAUUUAUUAAGAGUUAUCAAGUAAUAUUGUUAGUAUACAGAGUAGCUAUCAAUACACCGUUGUAGAUGGCGGCUGUGUCGACCUGGCAUAUAAUUCUAUAUUUCUUCAAACUUUUUUACUGUGCAAGUUUAAAAUAAAAAAGAAACAAAUAUCAAUCUGUAAGUACGUCACGGCUGUGCAUAAAGAAGUCAAAAGAAAUUGACGUUUGUUAAUUAUUAUACUUAAUUAUAGUCAGUUCGAAAGAUCGUCUUGCACAUCUAGCUAGUAAUUCACUGUUGUAUUAUUAUACACGGAAUUAAUACCAUUGUGCGCACAACACCCACACUAAACUUUAGCUUACGAUAACUGUAACUGUAAUUCCCGGCCGCACUACAGCGGAACCGCGGCGGUUUUUAACCGCGUGACAUCUAAUUGUAUUAAAGUCAGUCGCGGAACAAAACGGUGCGGUCGCUUGCAUUCGGUUUCUUGUUACAUACAAUGUCUGGGUUCCGCCCUACUGCGAGCGAUUCUAACACACGUAGAACGAAUCCCCAGAUAUUAUAAUAGAUUAUUACUAGGUAUAAAAACAUUUUUAUUAUUGUUAUUAUGUAAUAUUAAUCAUUCCAGAAGCAAUACAAGACAACAAUAGUUUAAAUAGAUAUAAAACAGAGUGCAAUUAAAUUGAGAAAUAGAAGCGAAGGCAAAUACACAUGAUUAAAAAGUACCUACCUACUAUAAUACAGAUUUUUUUGAAGUUUUACUCAUUGAAUUUUACCAUUUAUAUACAUGCAUAUGUUAUUCUUAUAUAUAGUAGGUACUCCAACUGCACAUAAUAACGGAUUUACACGCUUACUUACAUAGCAAUACAAUACAUAAUUGGAUAGCAAGAUAGAUUGCUAAUUCACCCAUAGAACUAUUAAACUUAAUAUUACUAUUAGUUUACAAUAAAAUACUGGGAUCGUCCUAUCAUUAGUGGUUAUUGUAUGCACCAUACCAUGUCAAGACAUAUUUGUAAAUAAGUAAACACUAUGAUCCCGAUUAUAGAGGUAUAAUGGUGAAAUUAAAUGUAAUGUAUGGUUUUACUGGGUAAUGUAUAAAACAUCGAAUUUUCAUAAUUCCGUUUAUUGUUAGGAUACUGACUAAAAUAAUUUACAAGAUAUCACUGGUAAAACCCAAAUUAUUUAGAACGCAUUUAUAUUAUUUUCACCACAAAUUAAA